AUGAACCUAGCCCCGGCGGACCAGGCUCCUAUACGAUACCAUCCCCUCCCACCGCUAUCGCUACCGCUACCACUACCGGACGACAGGAGCGGUCUACAAGCCUACAUUGAACAAUCACGAGCGGCCCUACAGAGCCAGCGUGCUAGCUUCGAAUGUGAGCGCGCUGCGUUUGGCGAGGAACGUAAGUUGUGGAGUCAGGAGCGGGAAAUACUCAAGUCGAGAAUAGCGAAUCUUGAAAAACAUAUCAACUGCACCCAUGAGGACAUGGCUACCGCAGUGCCUGUAAACCAGGCUGGCAACCCGUCUUCCGCUAGCUUAAGAGUCUGGGAAGGCUCGAGGCCGACAGGGAGGCCGACAAGGAGGUUUUUUGACGGGACGUCAGCAGCGGGACUCCUUGCUCCAGCACCAGCACCAGCAGCGUAUGAUUCGUCUUUUCUCCAGGUAGAUGAUCACCUCGCUUCUGGUAGAUCGCCAUCUCUAGAUGAGGCGCUCUCCCCCAGAUCCCAGCCGGUUGACCGAGCACACCAUGUUGCCAUCCCUGUGGAGUUGGUAGACAGUAGCUUAGACGGCAUCACUCUCAAAUCGACUGGCCUGCCACCCAAUGUUGCCGCAAAGCUAACUUCUCCUCCUCUCGCAACUUCAAACAUCCCCUCUCCGCCACAGCUAGGCACCGCCCUCACCGCCGCCGCCGCCGCAGACGCUAACGAAUCGCGGGACCAUUACCACACUCACGAUGGGUGUGAUGCUUCAACCCUUCAGACCGCUCCGCCAGAGGUCGGCACUACUGCUGAACCCACUGUCCAAGCGCCAGCGGAGCGGCCCCGACUUACGACUCAUACGACAGACGAACAACCUAAAUUCACCCCAGACGCGGACUCACCUGACCACAACUACACAGAAGUCGAAAUCGAUGACGACCCAGAGCUGACUGGCCCGCUCAUGCUCCGGAAUGACGAAGAGCAGGAUUUAGACUUCCUCGAAGCGCUUGACAAGAAACUUCUCAUGGAGGCCAAGAGAGUGGUAUCAGCCAGCCCUACAUUAUCUGACAUCGAUGCCCUGUCUGACGUAGCAAAUCCUCAGUCGGAACCCGAGCCAGAGAUCCGGUUCAAGAAGACUACCAACUUCGGUACAGCAUUUGGCUCAACGCAGCGUAUGGCUUGA